AUGCAGGAAAACCCGUGUGUGUGUUUGUUGGGACUCCUUUUGGCCAUCAUGGGCCACGCGGACGUGGAGAAACGGGGUUUGGAAGUGUUCAAGUGUGCGGAUUGCGAGUCGUGCAUCGGGUUCCUGGCCCGGGUUGCGGAGCACUGGUUGGGCACCCAUGCGAACAUGCGGGUGUUCCAGUGCCCGCGGUGCCCCUACAACUCGGCCUGGGCCCGUUGCGUCCGGAUGCACUACACGAGGGCCCACGAACCCCACGGCGACCUGCCCGAAACCCUCAUGUGGAAAAGCAGUCCGAUCCUGGUCCAGGUGGACACCCUGCUCACCAACCUCAAGGCCGACGUGGAAGCCAGUGUGAAAGUGUCUACUACGAGUGAAACAACCAAUGAGUCCCAUCAGCCAGCUUUGCAGAAACCAGUUCCCGCAACCCGAGGCAAACGAUCGUCGAAAUCCCGUUCGCGGCAGCACCGCGACGGCGGUGAUGAUGGGGCGGCUUCCCGGGGUCUCGCAGGCGCCGUCAGAAAGUACGCCUGCGGCUACUGCUCGUAUUCCACGGACCGCCGUGAUCUGUUCACGCGGCACGAGAAUAUCCACAAGGAGGAGAAGCCGUUUGUGUGUUUCGUGUGUGCCAAGCAGUUCAACCGCGCCGAUCAUGUGAAGAAGCACUUCUUGAGGAUCCAUCCCGACGUGCCGUACGAUAUCAAGAUGAUCCGGAGGAAGCCCGGUAGUACCUGUGAGGAUCCUCAAGUGGCGGCGGCUAUGCGCAAUGUGCCGACUGGCAGAAAGUCGUUCCAGUUGCUGAUGGCUGGAAAUAAGCUAGGAAAGACCAAGGAGAUGGAGUCGACGAUGAAGAAGGAAGAUUUCCUGUUUCCCGGGCCGGAAAUCACCAUCAGCCGACACAUGGCUCCGAUUGUGGCUCCGGUACUCCAUUUGGCUGCCGUACCGACCCGACCCCCGGUUCCCGAUUUAAUUUACAUGCCGAAAUUCACGCCCACUGCUCUUGCGAUCAAUCACUUCCCGUUGUUCCCUGUGGCUCAUGGAAAACCUCGACCAGCGAAGAAAGCGAAAUUGAAACCGGAUCCAGUUCCGAAAACUUCGCCGAAAAAGAAGCCAACCGCCGCUCUGCUGGAUGACGAUGCGACACGAAUCCGACCCUCGACGACGACGACGACGACGAAUGGAUCUGACGAGAAGAGAUUCACUUGUUCUUUCUGUCCUUGGACCGGAGUGGACUCGUGGUGCUUGAAGCGACAUCUGAACACCCAUGUGAAGCCGUACACGUGCCCGAUGUGUGACUACAAAGCCGCCAGAAUGGAGAGACUCCAGCUGCAUGUGGGCCGAGUGCAUUGCAAGAAGAUUUGUUCCAAAUGCAGCCAGUUGUUUGACAUGCAGGAUGAUUUGAUGAAGCACGUGGAAGAAGAACAUGUGAAAUUGGGUCAAAGACCGCCAAAAACGGUGUGCCUGGAAUGCGGAACGGUGCUGGACAGCAGAUCGUCUCUAGAAACGCACAUGAUCAUUGUCCAUCGCGGGAGCUUGCUCAAGUGCUCGCUCUGUGACUUUUGCACCGCGGACCCCGCCACAAUGGACGCGCACUGUUCUCAGCGGCAUUCGAAACCCGUUGUGGACCUGGCCGAUAUCGACGGCAAGAAAGCCGAGUUGUGGUCGGGCCAAGGGCUCCUGUUUUACCAACAAGCCCUGGCUACGCUUCCUGCUUCCAUCGGAUCCGACUCUGGAAAGGAGGUGUCCUCUGAUGAGAAACCUUCGAGGAAGAGAAAACAUUCCGGCGAGCGGACCACGGAAGUGUACAAGUGCGAUCAGUGCAGCGAAGAAUACUCGCGUCGGAUCGGACUUUUGUUGAAAUUGUACAUGAUUACGUGUUGUGUGCGUGGACAUUUGGAGCAUCAAAAAUGUUUCCUGUAUUGUGGCCUGAAAGGACUGCCCACUUUUGCAGUGAGACCCUUGUCCAGAGAAUAUGAUAUCAAUGUAGUCCUUGGCCACCUCUGA